CCCCAAAAUCACCACUAAAACUGAAACGAAACGAAGGGCAAAGAAGAGGCGAGUGAGAGAGAGAUGGGGAGGAAGAAGGGAGUAGUAGAGUUCGAUGAAACGGCGCCGGAUGACUUCGACUCGGCCAAUCCCUACAAGGAUCCGGUGGCCAUGCUGGAAAUGAGGGAGCAUAUAGUUCGAGAGAAAUGGAUCGACAUUGAGAAAGCCAAGAUCCUCCGUGACAAAGUCAGGUGGUGUUACCGCAUCGAAGGAGUCAACCAUCUCCAGAAGUGCCGCCAUCUCGUCCGCCAGUACCUCGACGCCACCCGCGGCAUCGGUUGGGGAAAGGAUGGCCGCCAUCCCUCUCUCCACGGUCCAAAGGUUGAAGAGGUUGAGUCAGAAUGAAUGGCUGCAUUUGGUUACCCUAGUGUUGCAGGUAAUUGACUUUGGCCAGCAAAGGAAGGAGUGUGGGAUUGAAUAAAUUUUCCCCUACAUUGUUAUUAUUGUAAGACUCUUAUAACAGGAUUGAAGAUGAUGCCAUUUUGUUCUUCCGUUAUUGUUAGCAUCCAAAAUCUUGGUUUUAAAUGGGCGGGUCUGUCCAUAAAAGUACACGAGAUAAAUGAAAUAAGUUGUAGUUUGCAUACCUUA